GCAUCAUUCGAGGGGAUGUAUCUCGGAUGCUUAAAUCCGAGGGACGAACGUCAUCAACAUGCAGGAUAGACGGACCUCAAUUCGCAACCAGACAACUACUCUUCACAUCUGAUCAUACAAACCUGUGAGCUCUCGACCUUUCAAGAUGCCAGUCGUACACAUUGUCUUAUUCAAGUUCAAGGAGGACACCGAGCCGAAGGUUGUCAGGGAGAUGUGCGAUCGUAUGGUCGGACUCAAGGACACCUGCAUCCACCCACAGACCCAGCAACCCUACAUGAAGUCCUACGGCGGCGGAAAGAACAACAGCCCCGAAGGAGCAGCAGGUGGCCUCCAAUAUGGCUUUGUCUCCGAGUUUGAGUCGGAAGCGGACAGAGACUACUAUCUGAACAAAGAUCCAUCGCAUCUGAAGUUUGUCGAAGACGUGGGAAAGAUUGUUGACAAGGCUACUGUCUUUGACUAUGAGCGUGGUAUUUUCUCGUAGCGAGUGUAGCAUGAACGCAAAGUGAUGACACUUCACCGUUAACGACUUGUUCAGAU